UAGAGGAAGAUUGGCACAGAUGUUAGCUCAGGGCCAAUAUUCCUCACCAAAAAAUAAAUUUGAUGAAGAACUUUCACAUUCAAAGAUUUUGGCAUUUUUCCCAUUGCCAAGGGAGGGCAGAGGCUAACCAAACAAUUUGCUUCUUCUUGGUACAUAAAAGAUAAGCAGUUUGGAUCUCUUCUAUAAAGGAGAAUAAACCCUGUUUGUUGUGACUGUGCCCGAGAUGGGAGAUAAAGGGCCAUGUGAGGGGUUAGAAAAUGAACGAUGAUACUUAGGUAAGUCAAAUAAACAUAAUGCUGCAUUCUUUAUUUUACAAAGAAAAGCGAGAAAAGAAAAUAUGUCCUUAGAAUUUUUAAGUGUUCUUUAAUUUGAGAAAAUCUAUCAUGGAUAGAAGGAAGGACAAACACUUGUUCGGCAUCAAGGACUCCUGAAGUCUGGUUGCACUGCAGUGGCUUUCACCUGCGUGCUGUGACACCGUGGGUUUGCCUGCUCAGGUGGGUCUGCAGAGUAGACGUGCGAGGUCUUCGGUGAGGGGAUGUUCUAGCCAGGUGCCCAGCUUACCCUGAGUGUCCUUCCACACCCUGGUCCCAGAAGUAGGGCAUUGAAAUCUGGCCUGCUGCCAUUAAUUUGCUAUUUUGAACCAUCACAGGCCACUCUCUCUGUAUAUUUCAGUUUUCUUGAACAUCUGGAGGCAGUGGUAGCACCACGGAGGUUAGGAGCACAGGCUCCUCUGCAGAGGUUUACAACUCACCUCCUCCACUGAUCUUAAUCUUUCUGUGGCUCAGUUUCCUCAUCUGUGAAGUGGGAGGGUAUGAGUAGAUGUUUCACAGGAUCGUUGUGAGGCUUAGAUGAGGUGAUAAGGGAAAAGCAUCAGAUGGGUGCCUGGCACGUAGUAAGAGCCCAGUAAGUGGAAGCUAUUGUUCCUACUUCCCUUGAAAGGUUGGAAGAAGGAUGAUUCAAAUAAAUGAAACAUGUAGAGUUCUCAACAGAGACAUGUGCACACCUUGAUCUUCCUGAGCUUCUUGUCUGUGCUAAAUUAUUUAACAGAUGACUUAUGAUGAGCGUGGUACUGUGCUGUGCAUGGGAUCUAAGCAAUUUUCAGAUGAUUCCUACCCCCCAGGGCUUGGAGGUAGGUUGAUAUAAAAGAUAGCACACACAAAGCCCAUCCGUUGCAAUGGAGGGCAGUAGGUGGGACCAGGUGCCCACAUGAGGAUAAAGACUGUAUGUGGAGUAGGAUCCUAAGAAGGUGCCUCAAAACAGUCAUUUAUGUAGAAGUCCCCAGAAUUAUUUCAAAACUGAUCUUGGAGAAUAAUUUCUGGCAUCUAACCACAAGCUGUGAAUGUUUGGUUUUUUUGAAAAGGGAAAAGGAAAUUCAUAACCCCCAGAUCCUCCUCUUCUGACCUGCUGUGAUAACAUGUGAUCAUCUGUCUCCUCAUCAUGUAUCUCCUUGUUUUGUGAUCGUCUACUGAUGCGUUAGUCUCCAUUACCAGCCCUGGAGAGGCAGACGCUGUGUGUUAUUCAUCUCUGUAUCCCCUGCCCUGAGCACACAGCCUCCACUAAGUAGGCAUUUAGCAAAGGUUGGCGGAAGGAAUUAAUGAAAGCUGAGUGCAUUUCCAGCAUAUCUAACAUUGAAUGCCACCAACUUCCCUGUUUCAGAUAUAAGUUAUAUUAUUCGUUCAGGCUUUCUAAAUAUCAUUCUUUUUUUACAAACCCCUCCUUUGCCUCCAUAUAGUCUCCAGAUCUUACUGAUUCUUCCUUUACUUCCGUUUACUCCCAUCCACAUCACCGUCUCCAUCGCUUUCCAUCAGCGAUGCCUCCUUUUAUUUCUGGAUAAUUAUAACAAACACAAUGUGUUCCUUCCGCUUUCACACCUUUGUUCCAGCUCUCCUUCCUGUUUUGUGUGUUCCGUUACCCCUCUCUAUCCAUCCAAACCCACCUAACCUCCAAGAUCAAGCAUCUUUUCUUGCUCCUUGUUCAAAUAUCCCUCUCUACUCUAAAUUCUGGUAGCCUGGCUUUUUCCCCCCUUCUGAUAAGAGCUUUCUUUUUUUGGUGUGCAUCAUUGUGCUAGUACAUCUAGUCCUUACAACAUUCUUGUGAGAAUUCUAAUAGUCUCCCCCACUUUACAGAUGGGAAAAACUGAGGCUCACCAACAUUAAUGAACUUGUCCAAGGUCACACAGCUGACUUGGUGUCUGACUUUAGAGCUCUUUCUUCUGCAUCUUGCCACCAAGUAAAAUGUCAGCUCCUAGAUACUUUCUUGCAUCAGCAGAGUAUCGCUUUGCAAAUAAUAAGUGUUCAAAUAUUGAUUAAUUUUAAUGUCCUGUUUGUAUUGUUCUUUAUUGGGGAAAAUGGAGUAGAAAUUGGGCAGAAAAAGAGCACUAAACCAUUCCUUUUUUUAACGGAAGAAAGUGCACAGUAGCAUGGAGAAUGAAGCAAAAGUCAACAAACCUGCUAAAUGUCCAUAAAUGUCCAUUGAUUUCCCAUUUCUAAGAAAAUUAAAGUUGAGUUUGAAGAAAAUUGUGAGAAUUUUUCUCGUUUUUACACAGAUUAUCCCAGCACUCCAGAAAUCUGUAGGCUUUAGAAAAAAUUAUCUAGGUAAGUAUUAAAAUGCUCACUACAAUAUUGAUGCUAGAAUAGCCAGCGUCUAUGUAAAAACAGUAGUCAAUUUCAGUGGAAAUUCAUGAUGAAGGCAGGAAAAAGGGAAAAAGGCUGUUAACGAGUUACCAAAGGCACAUGAUCCAUUUCCAGAGAACUCUGAAAAUGAAGGCUUUGUCCACGUGUCUACUGGAGUUAAGGACCCAGAGACGGGACUGGAACAGAGAGCUCUGUUGACCUAUUGGUGCUUCCUUUCUGAGGAUUCAAUGGGCAGUUGUGAAAACUUGUUCAAGGCUAACUCCUGAGCCAGGAGUGAUAUGAGAUGGUGUCAAUGCUGGUAAUAUGUGCCAGCAUACCUUUAUGACUAAAAUAAAACUUGAAGAAUAUGUGUAAUUCUCUAGCUGGAAGAAAUCUAAGAGAUUUAGUAAUUCAAACCUUUUAUUUUAUACCUGAGGCAACCCAGAGAAGUUAAGUGAUUUGCCAAAGGACACAAAGCUUCUGAUUUGUAACCAUAAAUCCCACCACGAGACUUCUUGUGUAUGACAUUAAAGUAACUGUUCUAGUCAGGGCCACGUGAUGUUAAUGUAACGAUUUAGUCACGUUAAUAUAUCAAGCCCAGCCUAACUGCUAGUGUGAGGUGACUGAAGCAGAUUCAAACAGAAACCCAAUGUUUUCUUACUUCCCGCACUGGGCCUCCUUCACAUUGGAAACUCUGAGGUUGAGGGGUGAAUCCGAACGCCCGAGGAGCCUCGCUCUCUUGCUCUCUCUCUGGUUCUCACUUCCCCUCUUGCCGUCUCUCACAGUCACACUCUCUGGCCCCCUCUCUGGGCCACAGGCACAGAAGCAUCUCCUCUCUGUGCACAGGCUCCAUCAUCUUUAGCUCAGCCAGUUUUCUUUCCCAAACAAAACUUGUCUGUGCUCUUCCUUUGUGUCAAACCCCGUGCUGAGCUAACUGCUUAUUAUUUAUUACCUCUUUGAGACGUCACAAGAACUUUGGGAUGUAGGCACAAGAAUUACAGUUACCUCCAUUCUGUAGAUGAGAUUUCACAGGUGGUCGGUGGCAAAGCUGUGGUGAGAGACCACAUCUAUCACAGCCUGAAAGCUCUGUGACCUUUGGCAAGUUAUGUAAAUGCUGUGACUUGGUUUCCUCACCUGUAAAAUGGGAUAAUAAUAACUGGGACCUCAUAGUGUUGUGAAUAUUAAUGAGGUAACUUACUAACUGGUUGACCAGCUUUGGGGAGAGAGUAGCACAGGGCAUGCUGCCAGCUCAUCAGAGGCUGUGGGUGGCAGGCAAUGAGGGUCAUGUCCAGGGGAAGGCAUCCUCCUGGUUUCCAACAACAGGAACUACUUCAUGGGUGAAUGGCAGGAUUAUUUAUUGAGCUGUUUGUGUGUGCUCUCUCUACCUCUUUGCCACGUCCUCUCUCGCCUGGUGGCUGGGCCUUUUGAGGCCUCUGCUUCAGGGAGCUGGGGUUGCAGGGCCAAAGCAGAAGUGCGGUAGAUUACCCUCUACCUGUGGUAGGUAGGUUAUGCCGGGUCCCCUGGGAGACGGGGAAGGAGAGCCGGGAGACUUUUGGCCCUAAGACUGGGAAGGGAGUGGAGGGGAGGUUAGGCACGCUCCCCCCAGCAGCAGGAAUCUGUGCCCCACUCCUAGGAGUACCAAGGGUGGGAGACCCUCAGGGGGCAGGGCCACACUGUGCAUCUGGGGACGUGCAGCCCCCAGCCUGGCUGAAGACUUGAGCAUGGAAGCUUCUGAACUAACUGCCUUCAUGUGAUUGGGAAAACUGGGACAGCAGCAGCAAUGGAAGGCUCCCACCCCAAUUAUCUAGGCCUCCCAGGUUCUCUCAUGACUUAACCGAAGAUUGAGCUUUCCUCCUUCCUGGUGUGACAGCUUAGAGGAGCCAGAUCUGAUCAGUUUGAUUUCACUGCGUAGGAAGUACUGGAGUCCUAGGCCAAGGCAGUGCAGCCUCCUCUUUUUCUAGGGUAGAGAGUCUUUACAUUCGCCAUGACAGGCUAAGCAGCUUGGCCCCAAAACCGACAUGACAAGGAUAGAACUGUCGUCUCUAAAUUAGUGCUAUGCCCCUUAAGUCGCUCAUUUCAUUAGGCUUUCCUGGAAUGGAGACGAGGCCUAAUCGUCAAACCAUCACGCUGACCACUGUCAGCCUGGAGACCCCGCUCCGUAUCACCCUGCACCAUCUGUGUUAGGAUUCUCUCUUGGACACCUCGCCUUCAGUCGGUCACCAGAUUAUCCCAACUCUACCUCCAAGUGAUCUCAGCCCAUCCCUCUCGUUAGCCCCAUCGUCACUGUUCACCUCAUCAUUUCUUACUGACCUUAGUAUAGCAGCCUCCUCCACAGCCUCUGGCUCUCCAGCUGUUUCCAAAACUGUCUUUACGGAAUCCCAACGGCCUGUCCCACUACUCUACUGCUUACACAGCCACAGUAGCUCCUUAUUUCCCACAGAAUAUGGUUCGAUCUCCUCACUCGGAUAUACAAGUCCCUUCAGAGUUUGAUUGCUACAAUUCUCAGCCUUGCUUUCCUCCUCCCUCGCAGCCUCCUUUCCAGGCAUGUCUCGAACAUGCCAGAACCUUUCCAGGACUCCAUAGUCAAGUGUCAUAGGUGGAAAAACAAAAACAAGUAAGCAAAUGCACAAAAGCCCUCUCAAACUAGUUCCAAUAAAGGGGAAGGAGUACAUUCCAGAGAGCUCUUGGAAAUGAAAUUCAGUUUGGCUUGCCGUGUCACCUAUUCCAAUCCUACCUUUCCUUAACCUUUUAGCUCAAAUGAUCUGUGUUUCUUGAAAAGUCCAGAUUCUCAAGUCAGCUUGGUUGGUUGCUGCCCAGUCAAUGAUUGACGGGUCUUGGGUAAAGUGGCCAUCUCUGACCAAUCAGUCACGGUGAGGGGGUUGUCAUAUGGUAUGUAGGGGCUCUUUCAAGGGCUAAAAUCUGGGCAGAUUCUCUAGAACAGUGCUUCCAGGCCUUACUGUGCCUAUGAAUCCUCUGGGGAGCUUGUUAAAACGUGGAAACUAACUCAGUGGAUCUGCAGUGGGGCCUUGAGAUUCUGCAUUUCCAACCAGCUCCUUGGUGAUACUGAUGCUACGGUCUAUGGACCACACUUUGAAUAGUGAGACUCUACAAGGGGUUGUGGUCAGGGCAUGCCGUAAAAAGUAUUCAAUACAUUCCUUUUAUUCUAGAAUGUUCUCCAUUCUUCGCUGCCAGGAAAAGUUCUGCUCAGUGUUUAAGACGCAGUUGAAAUGUAACCUCUGCGAAACUUGUUUGGGCUCUUAGAGAGUUAAUCUCCUGUAACUCCUUUGUGAUAAACCAGUUUUCUUUUGCCUAAUAGUUAUUUGGGUAUAUUUGUCACCAUCAUUUUUUGUUUAUUCUACUUUUUCAUUUAUGUACAGUAAAAUCCACUUUUUGGUGUGCAGUCUAUGAGUUUUAAUAAGCUCAUACAGUUGUAUAACUACCACCACAAUAGAUUCAGAACAGUUCCAUCCCCCAAAAAAUUCCCUCGAGUGCCCUUUGUAGCCACUCCUCCCCACAACCCCAGCCCCUGACAACCACCGGCCUGUUUCUGUUCCUAUAAUUUUGCCUUUUUCAGAAUGUUAUAUGAAUGGGCUCAUACACUAGGUAACCUUUUGAGUCUCCUCCAUUUUGCUGUGUCUGUGGAUUUGGGAUAGUGUCUAAUGCAUCUUUGGUUUUGCCCAAAUAAAUGCCUAACACCAAGUUGGUGUUCAGAUACUCAUAUUAAUAACUUUUAUUGUAAUUAGUCAAAUAUCCUUUCAGAAGCCUGGCAUCUUUAUCAAUAAAUCCUCGAUGGCAUUGGUCCACUAGAGGCUUGGUGGUUUCACUGACUUUGUGGUGUUUCUUCAAUUCAGUGUUUUCCCAACUUGCCUGGUCAUAAGAAUCUCCCGGGGUGUGUAAUAAAACCAAUACUCUCUCCUGCAGAUUCAGAUUUCACAGUCUGGAGAGAAGCCUGGGGAAUCUAUACCAGCACUUCUCAAAUUUCACUUACAUCAGAAUCACCUGGAGGGCUGGGUUGUUGGCUGUCUUCCUGAGUUGCUGAUCCAGUAGGUGUGGAGUGGCGUCCCGGAAUGUGUGCUUCUAACAAGCUUCCACAUGAUGCUGAUGCUGUGCUCUGGGGACCCCACUUUGAGAACCACUACAGGAGCUAUGCUAUGAUCAGGUGUCUCAGGUGGUUCUUAUAUGCAUCCAGAUUUGUGAAAUCCAGCUUUAGUGCAAUUCAUAGGGGAGGGAGUGUGCUGUGGUACUUUUUUGUACCAAACAUUGCUCUCUGGCCAUGACAUCAAUCCCACUUCACCAGGGUUAACUUCUUCAGCCUACAUUGACUCAGAAGCAGAGAAUGCUGAGAUUUGAUUCAAUCAUUCUCCUCUUGCCAGGGAGACCAAGAUGAAGGCAUCCGGCUCCUGCUGAGGAUGCCAAUGCCAGUCGUGUGCAAAACCAGUUCCAGUUCUUUCUAAUUCUUCACACAGCCUUGAACAAUGUUGAUGUGGAAACUGUGUGAGUAUGUGUAUGUGGUCUUAGAGAAAACCAAUGCGAUUAAGGCUGGACUUGGACACGGAGGGGCAGUUCCUAUGGAUGCCGAGGAUUAGCGGUAACAGCUGGUAUCCUGCCCAUUAGAGGAGAUGCUGAAGGGAGAAGAAAAGACUUGUUUCAAGGAUGUGUCUUUGCAGCUCUGAGGGGGGAGGCCGUUCCAUCAAGCCUGAAGGCAAGUGUGCUCCUAGGAAAGGGCAGGAUGAGGGUCCCCGCUGCCCUCACAGGCUGGGCUUGUGCUACCCUCUGCCUGGCUUCCUGCUCAUCUGCCUUUUCCCACGGUGCCGGCUUGGUGGCCUGUGAGGACAUGCAGCCCAAGCAUAUUGGAGCCCAGCCUCAGGACCCUGGGACCCACCACAUCACCAUUCACACCAGCAGGUCUUCCUACUCACCAGGUGACACAGUUCCAGUGACUGUGAGGAGCGGUCGUAAUUUCAUGGGAUUUCUGCUUCAGGCUCGAAGAGUGUCUGAUCAUCAAAUAGCAGGCACUUUCGUUUUCGUUCCUCCUCAGUCCAAACUGAUGACUUGUUUUGAAGAGGCUGACACCGUCACCCACUCUGACAAGUCUCGGAAGAGAAACCUGUCGUUCGAGUGGAAGGCCCCUGCCCAGCCUGUCGGGGACAUCAGAUUCCUUUUAUCAGUAGUCCAGUCGUACUUCAUUUACUGGGCAAGGAUUGAAUCAUCUGUUGUGUCUCAGCAGACACACAGCAGAGCCCAUUCCGCCGGCCGUGUGGAGCCGGGCUCACGGAUGCCAACCCCAGGGCAGAGGCCGGAGGGUGUGGAAGGAACCGCCCCAGCUGCCAGUCUCCCCAUCACUCUUCUACAGCAGCACGCAGAUGUCUUUGCUGUCGCCCUAACUGGACCUGCAGAGGAGGACAGCUUAGAUCCUGUUCCCACCAGUUUUGGGGUGACAGAGUUUCCUGGGGGUGCAGAGACUCUGUUUCAACCAUCUUCACACACAGCUACUGCAGUCAGCAAUGGCCAGCCACCCAGUGGGGACAGCAGCCCACCCCUGGAACCAUCCCUGGAUGUCCGUGGGCUGGAGAGGCUGGUGGCCCUUGGGAGAUUCUCCUCAGAGGGCUUUCCUUCCAGCCCUAGCACCUCCCACAGGACUCAGGAUGAUCCACGCUUUGAUUCCUCAGAAACUUGCCUGCCCUCAGAUAGUGAUGCACAGGACAAGAUGGAGAUCUCUAAUAGGACUGUAAUGAGGCCCCCUCUGUACACUGUCCAUCCUACCUAUCCUCAGCGCCUCCGGUCCUCUGAAGCACUUACUAGGAAUGGGGCUGUGGCAGCCAACCCAAACCCUGUAUUCCACACCUCUGCCACUCCCAGGCCACAUGCUGCUGGUGGCCAGUCAGAGGCAUCAAGGCCCUCUGUUAGCUUCUUGCCUCAGUCAAAGCACAAGGAGCCCAGAGUCGGGGAAGGAAAUGGAGAGGGCAGAGUGGGACACCCUAGGAAGACCAACCCAAAGCCUGAGGUUGGGCAAGAGGGAGCCAGUGACCCUUCAGGGAUCCAGCUCAGGACUCCACAGCUGGGAAUCCUGCUUGGGCUUUCAGCCACCUUGGGCAUGGCCCUGGCUGCUGGCCUUUGCUACCUGCACACCCAGUAUUGCCACAAGCAGACGGAAGUGUCCUUCAGUGAGCCUGCCCGGGAUGCUGUUGUCAGGAGCGAUGGUGGUGAGAUUGUGCAUGUCAGGAAGAUUGGGGAGAACAGUUUUGUUUUGGUUGAAGCCGAAUACAACUGGACCGCUCCCUCCGUGGGUGACAAGAAAACAAUCCUCUGAGAAGCCCGGUGUCCCAGGCCUCUCAGCGGCCCUCCUUAGACCCUGUAGAGUGUCUCAGGCAGAACAGAGCUAAUGAGAAUAGCUGAUGACAGGGAUUCACUGUGCUCCCGUCGGUGAGCAGGGAGUGGAGGAAGCUGUGAAAGGACAGUUUUAUCAACAGAGGGAGUUCUUCCCGAGCUUUGUUGUCUUAACAUCUGUAAUGUAGCUGCUUUUUUUCUUUCACAAUUAGAUGUUCUGUUUGAAGAGUUAAACUCAACACAAUGAAUAUUGUAUAACCUGCUCAUUAACUAGACUCCUGUGGCCGCUAAGCUUCCUCCAUUGCCUUAAGGAACCUGCAGAAAUAAAAUUUCUGUCCCUCCUCAGUGUGUCAGCCUCAUCUCCUCUAACUCUUUGAAAAAACGUAAUGUUGGGUUGUGUCUCCUGCAAGAAAAAGAACGGCAGCCCUGACUUUGCCUCUCCAAACCACACCAAAACGAAUUUUGCUUCCAAAACUGGAGUUCAAAAUUGGCAGUGAUUUAGUUGGCUAGGCUAGAGUUAGGGUAUUCCAUCUUUUUGGAAACUCAAAAGCCUAGCAAAUCUGCCAUGGAAAUUGGUCCAAAGCAAGGAGAGUUUUAGAGAGCUGUAUUGAACACGUCUAUGGGAAAACACAUCCAAGCAGCAUACACACCAGAGUGGCGUAAGCAAGCCUCUCCAUCAGGUGUAAAUGGAUCUGAGACCUCCAUCCAUUUACACUUGGUGAGAGGCUCUGUGUCCUAGCAGCUGGCGAACAGUCUGCCUUUUGCCAAAGGUCAGGCUGAAAAAAAUGAUGAUGCCACACAGUUUGAAGAACAGCGCUACUCGUCUUUUCAGAGGGGAAUGGAAAAAAGCAUCAAGGACGAAGACCAUCCACCAGCUCCUAGGACUUUAUGAGGAUCACUUUGAUUUAGCAGGAGUCCCAUAAAUGCUACACGAAGUCAAAACAACAGGUUUGAAAACACCUCUUGAAUGUGCUCACCUAAUAUGACAUAUUAGCUGCCUUUUCAGAGGUAAACCUAUUAGAGAGUCAUGAUCCAUUUUAAUGUGGAAACAAAAACUACCGUAAAUUCGAAAAGGGUAUUUACUGAUUAAG